CAAGUUUUUAACAUAAUGAUUUCACGAUUCAAGUUAACGUCAAAAUCAAGCUUCCUAGUGUUUACAUUCCCGUAGCAUAAAUUUAAUUGUUGAAUAAAAUGAGUGCUCUAUUUAAUUUUCAAAGUUUACUUUCUGUAAUUUUGCUUCUGAUAUGUACUUGUGCUUAUUUAAGGUCGUUGUUCCCCAGUAUAAUGGAUAGAAACAAAACCGGAAUGUUAGGAAUUUUUUGGAAAUUAGCGAGAAUUGGUGAACGAAAGUCCCCUUAUGUGGCUGUUGCUUGUUUGUUAAUGGCUUGUUCGAUUCUGUUUUGGUCCUAAUGUUAUAUUUUGAAAAGAAUUUGUGUAAUAUUUUUUAUAAUUAUAUUAAUCAUAAGGAUAAUUGUGCGUAUUUUUAAUUCCUCUAAUAAAAAAGAAAAAGCAAAUACAUAA